AUUAUUUUAAUCCGUAUUUGUUAGGCAAACAGCUUUACAUCUGCAUAUGCUUUACAUGGUACUUUGAAAAUAUUGCAAUUAUUAAUUCAUUAAAAUUAUAAGAGAAAGUUCAUCUGCUCUUCACAUGCAUAUAUGAACACCCAUUCAAGAACAUGCAGCACAAAAUAAUCCCUGACCCUCCAUUACCACUGUCACAUUUAACUGAUGGUAGAACAAAAGUAACUUAAAAAAAAAAUAAAAUUCAAAUUCAACUUCAUACAAUCACUAAAGUGAUUGCAAAAAACGCAUCUGCAGCUAAGUUGCAAAAAUUCAUUGCCAAUUACUGACCAAACCUAUUAAAUGGAGAUCUAUUAGUAACAGAUUAACCAGGUUAAUGUGUACGUAUCAGUCUCAGCAUGGUACACUGCUGCUGUUAGUUUCAAAGUUCACAUAUGAACUUCUUUUUACACUGCACACAUGGUUCGUGAAGUCUGAAUGAAAAAGGAAUUUAAGGGAAAAUAAGGUUUGGGGAUAAAAGCACAGAAAAUGCCAGGCAGCAAUGAGAUGACCAUCAACCUUGUUGUCCUUGGAAGAACUCAGAGUGGUAAAAGUGCUGCUGGGAACAGCCUGCUGGGCAGCUCAGACUUUAAGAAUUAUUGCUCUCCAAGAUCUGUGACUACAUGCUGCAGCCUUGGCCGCAGCUGCUGUAUUUUGGGAAUUAUACGAAGAAAUGGCAGUGAGCUAGCUCUCCGUGUUCGAGUACUUGACACUCCAGGCUACCCUCACAGUAAUCUGAGCAAAGAGCAGGUGAGAGACAGAGUGAGCUCAGCCCUGGCUCACCACUUCGGGGAGGAAGGCCUGCAUCUCGCUCUCUUGGUCCUCAGGGCUGACUUGCCUCUGUGUCCGGAUGAAAGCUAUCAUACAACUCAGUUCAUCCAGGAACUUCUGGGUCCCACAUGGAAGGAUUUCACUGCAGUUCUACUUACUCAUGCAGACAAGGCAGAAGAGGCUGGAUUCAGCGAGGAAGAAUACUUGCACAGUGCCUCAAGUACCCUGUUGUCACUUUUGAGCUCAGUACAGCAUAAAUACCUCUUCCUAGACAACCAUAAGAGCAUAAUUAAAGAGGAAAGAGCUACUGUCUUAAGAAAGCUCUUGAAUUUUAUAAAACAAAAUAAUUAUCAAAAGCUUCCACUUAAACAUAACAAAGCAUAA